UGGAAAGUACUCGGGACAAACCUUCAAGUGGCUUCUUGAAAAUGACAUUGGAUGGGUAGUUUGGCUUUUGGCUGAAUUCAUAUUGAAGGGAGAAACAAAUUGCACAUCUUUCAGAGGCAGGCAAGCAGGAGGAGGAGGAGGAAGCGUCAAGCUUUCAAUGCCCGACUGAGGCUGCUGUCAUCCUUGAAGGCUGGCAGAAAACUUGGGAGCAGCCGUCGUCAGUGAACUACCAGGGCAUUCCACCACAAGACGUCCGGUGGCUGAAGGAAAAUGAGGAUUAUGGAUUGUAUAAAGCAGCCACAGCACAUAAAACCAAAAGUGGAGAAAUCGUCAGGCGGAAACUGCUGAAGGACAAGAUAGAAUUCAACCCUCCUUCUGUUCCGACCUAUUUGGGUGGCUCAAUUCCAAAUAUGUUUUCCUUUUUCACUGCACCUGUCUUCUUUUGGCAACCUGUUGGCAUUCUGCAUGCAAAAAUCCGGUGCCCAAACACCAACUGCCCCGCCCCUCCAAACACCUUUCUCAUCAGGAAAGGUUACUCGUCUUCUGCACGACAGUGACGGAGGCACGUCCAUGCUGGAAUCCUUGUUUGCUGACUGGAUUGAAGAGGGCAUGGUGAUCUGGCUUGACAUUCGUCACUGGCUGCACCGUUGGGAUGCUGUGGUGAUCAGGCAGACUCACGCCAAGUAUGAAGCCUUCAUGAGCGCCAUGGCUGGAGCCCUGCUGGCCUACAACCAGGCAGAUAUGCGACUGCUGAUCUCUGCUGUUCGGAAUGGCAACAAAGUACUCCAAGUACAGCGAUGAGGAGAUGAUUUCCUUUUUGAAGCCAAACCAGAUCAAGAGCUACGUUCACCAUGUGACAUGGAGUGUUGAGAACAGCGCUGUUGCUGUCGAGUUCAUCUUGGAGCAGUUCAAGGGACCAGCUGGGCUGGACAUUGAUGGGAUCCCUUUGUUUAAGGAUGACGCCGCUGUCAACAGUCACUGGGCAACUGCAAGCAAACAUCUAAGCUGUAUGCAG